UUAUUGUUAAAACACCAAAACCUUUAGUAAAAUUAGUCAGGCAAAAACAAAAAGAACAAGUGUAGUUAGUAUUUUGUAAUGGAUAGGAGAAGCAUUACCAGAAAAACUGACGAAUUAACGCAUUAAGAAAGAAAUUUUGGUCGACUAAAAGUAGAUUCAUAGGAAGAGAGAGUAGCUCCCCUACUCCAAUUUCAAUACACACUGGGCUCCACUCACUUCUUCCUUCUUCUUCUUAUGCCUUCGGCUUCUUCUUCUUCCAUGGCAGAGAGACACAGAUUCAUACAAUUCACACCUUUCUUUUUCUACUUCCUCUUCUCAUAAACCCUUUUAACAUUUCUACCACAAGUGAACAUCCCUCUCAGCUCCAUCAUUAUUACACAUCACUCGGUCUCAAUUCCAAGCUCUGUUUUUUUCCUGGAAAAUUCCAAUCCUUUGUUGCAUUAACUCUCUGGGGUUUUGUUUAGUUUGCUUUUCUUCCAUUUGGGUACCCACCAAAAGAGUAAAGUUUCAUGCUUUCCCUCACAAAACCCUAAAUUUCAUAUCACCAUCCAAUUCCAUGUUUUGCUCUGCUCAACUCUCUGUUUCUGCUUCUGCGUCAUCGUUUUCCUUCAUAUAACCAAGCCAAUUGUGUUGAUUCAUCUUGGCACAUUCAUUGUUUUGAGAAGGAACAGAAAAAGUUCUGAUCUUGUCUCCUUCGCACAUCAAUGGACGAUAAUGGAUCUGCUCAUAGCUCGAUGUUCGGUGAUCUAUCAACAGAAGAAGUCACAAGCAAGAUCAUUCUCACAGCAAUCAUUGUUCUAUUCAUGGCUGUCCUUUUCGUCCUUAUCCUCCAUCUUUACGCCAAACUCUACUGGUGGAGAAUAGAUCAGCUCCAACAACAGCAACAACAACAGCAAGAGCAAGAACAAGAAGAAGACCAAUCAUCCAUUGCUCCGCCUGUAGUCACUCGCCGUCAGCGACGCCGUUUCAUCUUCGUCCCAGGCCAAGACGCUCUAUCCAACACUGGACUUACCUCUUUUGAACUCAGUUCCUUACCAAUUGUCUUUUUCAGACAAGAUAGUUGCAAAGAUGGUUUGGAAUGCUCUAUUUGUUUGUCUGAGCUUGUUAAAGGAGAUAAAGCAAGGCUGCUUCCAAAGUGUAACCAUAGCUUCCAUGUUGAGUGUAUUGACAUGUGGUUUCAGUCUCACUCAACUUGUCCGAUUUGUAGAAACACGGUUCUUGGUCCUGACAAAGCUAGCUCAAAGAGAGUUGAACAAGUUCCAGACAAUGCAGAUCAUGCUGGUAGCACCAAUAACAACCAUGAUGCUUUGUCACAAAUUUCAACUUCUUCUCCGGAAUUUCCCACCAAUGUCUUGGUAUGGGGUCGCCAGGAUCAGGUUAGUACCGGAAACAACAAUGUCGGGCCUCAAGAAGACAGUGCUGCUGGUAAUGGUGCUUCUCAGAGUCAAGAAGCUGUUGUUCUGGAUAUCAAUGAUUCUUCCAUAAGAAGCCAGAAUGUAUCAUCUUCGUCGUCAUCGAUGAGGUUUAUUGUUGAGGAGGAAGAAGCAAAAUCUCCAAUGACAACGAGGUUGAGGUCUUUAAGGAGGUUUUUAAGCAGAGACAAGAGAGUGGCUUGUAGCAGUAGUAGUACUAGUAGUAGUAGUAGCAGCUCCAAUGCUGUUGCUUCUGUUGAUCCUUGAAGAUUGUUAUUACUUAUUAGAUUAGCUGAGUGAGAUUGCCUGAAGAUGUCAAACUGUGUAUGUGGUCUCGGCUCUUUAUUGGCUGUGUUUGAGAGCUUUCUUUGUCAUCCAAGUAAAUCAUUUAUGUAUUCCACGGGAAUUGAAAUUCAAAAGCUUUUUGUUUACUCA